AGAGGAACUCCGAAUCUAUCUCUAACAAAUUACUUCGUGCUCUUCUCACGAUCUCCUCCAUAUGUGCAUGUGUGUGUGUGUGUGUCUCUCUCUCUCUCUCUCUGAUAAAUUAAUAAAUGCAUAACUCAGAAUAGAGAGUCUUGUAGAUUCGUCGUCGUCACAAAAACAAAAUCAACUCGCGGGAGAAUCUGAGGAAAGCGUGUUCUUAUGUUGAAAUGCUAAAUUCAGAGGAAGAGGAACUAAUCGUUCAUGGAAGGUCGGAAUAUGAAAAGGGAAAUGUGGAAGGUGCUCUUUCUGCAUUUGAUGGAAUUGAUCUCCACGCGGCUGUACAGGAGCUGCAACCUCUUGCUGAAAAACAGCCCUCAAAGAAGGGUCGUCCAAGCAAUGAAUCCGUCCACUCAUCAUCACAGCAAGCUGCUAGCCUGGUGCUUGAGGCUUUAUAUUUAAAAGCCAAGUCUCUUCAAAAGCUUGGGAGGGUAACUGAGGCUGCUAAUGAGUGUAAAAGUGUGCUUGAUGCGGUGGAGAAGAUAUUUUAUCAUGGCAUUGCUGAUGUGUUAGUGGACAAUAAGUUGCAAGAGAUAGUUAGCGGUGCUGUAGAGCUCCUUCCAGAGCUUUGGAAGCUGGAUGGCAGAAAUCAUGAAGCAAUGUCUGCUUAUCGACGAGCCCUCCUUAGUCAGUGGAAUCUUGACAAUGACUGCUGUGCAAGGAUCCAGAAGGGAUUUGCUAGCUUUUUGCUGUACAGUGGAGUGGAGGUUGGCCCACCUAGUUUAGCUGUUCAAAUUGACGGAUCAUAUGUACCUAGAAACAAUCUGGAAGAGGCAAUUUUACUUCUGAUGAUUCUUAUGAGAAAGUUUUACCUAGGUAAGACUAAAUGGGAUCCAUCAGUGAUGGAGCACCUUACUUUUGCUCUAUCUCUGUGCAGCCAGACUUCUGUUCUAGCAAAACAACUUGAAGAGAUCAUGCCUGGAGUAUUUAAUCGUGUUAACCGUUGGAAAGCCAUGGCACUGUGCUACAAUGGAGCUGGACAAAACAAGGUUGCCUUGAAUCUAUUGAGGAAGUCUCUACACAAACAUGAAAAACCAGAUGAUCUUACGUCUUUGUUGUUGGCUGCCAAAAUAUGCAGCGAGGAUGCCCUUCUUGCUGCCGAGGGAGUGGGAUAUGCACAAAGGGCAAUUUUGCAUGCGCAGGGGCUAAAUGAACAUCUAAAAGGUGUCGGUCUUUGCAUGUUAGGUCUUUGUUUGGGGAAGCUAGCCAAAGUCUCUUCUUCAGAUCACGAGAGGUCUCGUCUUCAGACUGAUGCAUUAAAAUCAUUAGAUGAAGCAAUUGUUCUUGAGUGUAACAAUUUUGACUUGAUUUUUGAGUUGGGAGUUCAAUAUGCAGAGCGCUGGAAUUUGAAUGCUGCUUUGCGGUAUGCCAAGCAAUUCAUUGAUGCCACAGGUGGAUCCAUACUAAAAGGUUGGAGAUUGCUUGCAUUGAUUUUGUCUGCUCAACAACGUUUUUCAGAGGCUGAAGUGGUCACUGAUGCUGCUUUAGAUGAGACUGCAAAAUGGGAGCAAGGGCCACUGCUUAGGAUGAAAGCAAAGCUGAAAAUUUCCCAGUCAAUACCCAUGGGUGCAAUUGAAACUUACCGUUACCUCCUGGCAUUGGUUCAAGCCCAAAGGAAAUCAUUUGGGCCUCUCCGAAAUCUACCUCAGAUUGAGGAUGAUAAAGUUAAUGAGUUUGAAGUUUGGCAUGGUCUUGCGAAGUUAUACUCCAGGCUUUCGCAUUGGAAGGAUGCAGAGAUAUGCUUGGGGAAAGCUAAAGAGCUCAAUGAGUACUCUGCUGAAACAUUGCACACAGAAGGUAUUAUAGGCGAAGCACAGGGAGACAUGAACAAAGCUCUGGCUGCUUUUAUUAAUGCUCUUUUACUGGAACCGAGUCAUGUGCCCAGCAAGAUCUUGAUUGGUGGAGUAUUGUCAAAGAUGGGGUCAAAGGUAUCACCAGUGGCAAGAUGCUUACUCUCAGAUGCAUUGAAGAUAGAACCUACGAAUCGCAUGGCUUGGUAUUACUUGGGAUUGGUUCACAGGGAUGAUGGACGAAUAAGCGAUGCAAUAGAUUGCUUCCAGGCUGCCUCGAUGCUCGAAGAAUCUGAUCCAAUUGAAAGCUUCUGCUCUAUUUUUUGACUUAUCGAUCAAUAAAAGGUUCAAACCGUCAGUUCUGUUAUCAUUCAUUCUCCAUCUUAGUCCUUGUAGAUCAAUACUUGUAGAGGGUUUCGAGGAUGCAGUACAUUUGCUAGUUUGAAAAUUGUUUUUAUUUUUUUGUUGCAUAUUUAUCCUGUGACAAUAAAAUACAAUACAAUAAGAAAGCAGAAAAAAGAGGAAACUAAAAUUUGAGAUUGAUGUAGAAUAUAAUUAGAAAACAUGGUUUAGUGGAUCUAUGUUAUCGAUUUUGAAUUUUUGAUUAUAGGAUGGAUGCAUUAUUUGCAA